GGGCCGGAAGUGACGAGUGAGGCCCGGGAGCUGUGGACGCGAAGGCGGACGAAGCCGGAGUCGCAGACACCGCGGGGUCUCCGGGACAGGAGCUUCCAGUGCUACAUGUAUUUUCUGUGAGGGAGAUUACAGCCAAUGAUGGCUACCACACUAGAUUUGAAGUCAAAGGAGGAGAAGGAUGCAGAAUUGGACAAGAGGAUCGAGGCUCUUCGUCGGAAGAAUGAGGCCCUCAUCCGGCGCUACCAGGUGCCCUAGCCCUGCCCUGGAGACCCCAUCCCCUCUCCUCCCCGCAGAGAUUGAGGAGGAUCGGAAAAAAGCUGAACUGGAGGGCGUGGCAGUGACAGCCCCCCGGAAGAGCCGCUCCAUGGAGAAGGAGAAUAUGGCAGUGGAGGAGAAGAGCCUGGGUCCCUCUCGGAGGACUCCUGGGACUCCUCGACCCCCAGGGGCCAGCAGAGGGGGCCGGACCCAUCCCCAGCAGGGAGGCCGGGCAGGCGUAGGCCGGGCAUCCCAAGGCUGGGAGGAUGGUGCUGGGGAGCAGCUUCGAGGGGGUCCUGGGGGCCGGGGCCGGAGGGGCCGGGGCCGGGGAUCCCCUCAUCUCUUAGGGGCAGGAGACAACUCAACCUCUGAUCGAAAGUCUAAGGAGUGGGAGGAGCGGCGCAGGCAGAAUAUCGAGAAGAUGAAUGAGGAGAUGGAGAAGAUUGCCGAAUAUGAGCGCAACCAGCGGGAAGGGGUGCUGGAGCCCAACCCAGUACGCAACUUCCUGGAUGAUCCCCGACGUCGGGGUGGGCCCCUCGAGGAGUCUGAGAGGGAUCGCCGGGAAGGCAGCCGCCGGCAUGGACGCAACUGGGGAGGCUCAGAUUUUGAGCGGGUGCGCUCUGGCUUGGAACAGGAGCGACAGGGCCGCAGGGCUGGCCUGGGCAGUGGGGGCGACAUGACGAUGUCCAUGACGGGCCGGGAGAGGUCAGAGUACCUGCGCUGGAAGCAGGAGAGGGAGAAGAUCGACCAGGAACGUCUGCAGCGACACCGCAAGCCCACCGGGCAGUGGCGGCGGGAGUGGGAUGCCGAGAAGACCGAUGGCAUGUUCAAGGAUGGCCCAGCCCCUACCCAUGAACUGUCCCACCGCUAUGAUGACCAAGCUUGGGCAAGACCACCUAAGCCUCCCACUUUUGGAGAGUUCCUUUCUCAGCACAAAGCUGAAGUCAGCAGCCGCAGAAGGAGAAAGAACAGCCGACCUCAGGCCAAGGUGGCCCCUCGUGCCUAUAGUGACCACGAUAAUCGCUGGGAGACAAGAGAGGAAGCUGUGUCCUCGGCCCCCGAGUCCUCUCAGUCCAUAUCCCUGGAGGAGACACCCACACAGCAGGCUUCUGAGACCCCAGCUCCAGCUCAUCGGCCUCCCGAGGAAGAUGGUGAGGAAGAUGUGGGGGAAGAGGAGGAGGGAGAAGAAGAGGGGGAAGAUGAGGAGGAUGAAGAGUGGGAGGACGUGAGUGAAGAUGUUACUGAGGAGGAGGAGGAAGAGGAAGAAGAGUUUGAAGAGGAUGAAGAGGGUCCUAAGGACCAGGAAGCAGCAACUGUUCCUGAUCACCAGCCUGAAGCUGAGCCUGCUGGGAAGCCCACCUGUGAGCAGGUGGACCCUGUGCCUGCCGGGUCCCAGGAGUUGCUGUCCCCAGUCCCUGUUGAACCUCCCAUCCCCUUCUCACCCUCUGAGGACCACCAGCCUGUGUCUGACUGGGGAGGUGACCAGCCACCCCUUGCCUCCUUGGAGAGCGGGCCCAGCUUGGCAGGAACCCCGAAGUCUUCUGAAGAAGAGGGGCCUGAGGCAUCUCCAGGUGGGAUGCAUGAAGCUGGUGGAGAGGUGGGCCCCGAGGGCCAGGAGACGGCGGAGAUCACAGACUUCCAGAGGGCCGUCUCGCAGUCCUGAAGAUGCUGCUGGGAGGGGCGGCAGCGCAGGUUUGCCUGGCUCCCAGGCUGGCUGCUCUCCUCCCUGCAGUCCACCCUGGAUCCCUCGCCUCUAGGGAACAGAAGUUUACGCUGGUGCGGAGUUGCUGGGGAAGGGGCCAGCAGGGGUGAUGGAGGGAACUGGGUCUCGGAACUCUCGUAGUAGUCCAGGGAUGUGAGACUGGGAGGGCCGGGGCCGGGGCUCGGUGGGCGGGGCUAGCGUUCAGAAGCUCCGUAGGCCUCCGGCUUCAACAGAGUAGGAACCUUAGCUCCGGCGGGCAGAGGGAUGCUAGUGUGCAGAGCUGCAGUCGGUCGAAGAAGGAAGGGGUUCGAUUAGCGCGGAGAGGGCUGAGGUAGAAAACAGGAAUAGGCGGUUGGAAAUGUGACAGCUAGGGCGGGAGAAGAGCGAGUGGGCGUGGCCUUGAGGGGGUAGAGCUAAGAAAUCUUGAUAGUGGUGGGUCAGAGGCGGUAGGGGCGUGUCUAGGAUGUAGCUGAGCUGGGGGGGGGGUGCUGUCUGACAAGGCGUGGUCCUGGAAGGGGCGUGGCUUGCUUGAGGCGGUCCUGGGGUGGGGGCGGGGUCGGUGCAGGCUGAGUGGGCAGCGCGAUGCGGGGCUCGAGCUGCGUGGGCAGUGGUGGCGAGAGCCCGGGUGGUACGGGGCUGAGCGAGGGUCCCCGUGGCCGAUGGCUGCGGCUCGCCCCUGUCUGCGCCUACUUCCUGUGUGUGUCCUUGGCCGCUGUGCUGCUUGCUGUGUACUACGGGCUCAUCUGGGUUCCCACGCGGCCGCCUGCGGGCCCCGCCGACCCCCUGCCCAGCGCUGCGGCCGCUCCGUGUGCUCGAGCAGCACCGCCCGCCCCGCCUCCGGCCGCACCCGCAUCCUGUUUGCUUGGGGCCUCCGGCGGGCCACGACCGCAGCCAGGACUGCCACGGAGUCGCCGCCACAGUCGCCGCCCAGCUCCGGGAGCGACGCGGGAGACCGCGCGCCGAGCGCCUGGAUAGUCUGGCCCGCCCCCACCGUGGCCUGCGUCUGUCUAUCUGCACCACCGGGCCUCGCCUGCGCGGCGCCGCCUCUCUCCUUGCCGCGGUCCUGAUCCUGCCCGACCUUAUUCCACCUUGCUCCUUCCCGGGACUCAGCGCUCAUCGGCAAUAAACUCCAGCCUCAGCUGGCUUACCUGGUCUGUGGUCGUUGGCCUCGGCCGCUGGUCCCUUCUAGCUCCGUGGCCGCGCGGCCUUAAAGGCUUUCCUCUCUCAUUGCUCACAUGUAAUUUUUGGGUUGGAAUGGGGAGAAGCGGCUUGCCAGUUUUCGGGGCCAUUGAAGGUCAGAUACUGUAAAGGCCUUACCAGUUUUCGGGGUGUCAUCUCGUAUAGCUUCGGAGACAGUGGUGCGUGCUGGAAACUGCAGUUGGUAUAGUUUGCAAUGGCAGGGGUAGAGGAUGUCACCCGUAAGCUAGCUUGUCCUGGUUUGGGUGGUGACAUUUGCUGCUUUGGAAGUGUGGAGCAUAUAGCUGAACCAAACCAAAACUGGUCUGCAUUGCUGUUGGUGCCAUGUUGAGACUGGUGUAGCUUCUGAUAAAGAAGUCAUGCGAUUGAGUCCAUUUUCCCUUACCCAUGACUGUGGCUUGGCCGUAGGCAGGCCUGGGAUAUACUCUGCUGGCCAGCUGCAAGAAGGGGUUUCCUUUAUGGCCUGCCUUCCCCCUAGGCUGGACAGCAUCAGGAACCUGAGGCCUCUUGUCAGAUGGGAGUGUUACCUGUCCUGCUGGUUCCCUUCUGUCCUACCAGCAUCCCCCACGGGAUGAUGUACAGCAAUGUACUUAAAUCUCUCUGGUCUUGUAAAAGGAAGACAACACAUUGUUGCUCAGAAUUAAACUAGUGAUCGAAACCUGA